AACCGCGCCAAACCUAGGGUAUGCUCUUAACGCUCGCCGCCGCCGCGACGGCGCUCGUCUCCUUGCCUCGCGCGCCACUCGCCACCCUCCCGGUCCCGCGCGCCGCCGUCUCCAUGAACGCCGACUCGUGGGAGAACGAGCUUCGGCAGGGCCUCCGCGCGGCGCAGUCAAACGGCAUCGCCUUUGGCAAAGCGAGGCCGGUGCUCGGCAGUGUGGAGGGGGCGUGGGUGCUGCUCUUCAACGCGCAGCAGCCGGACGAGGGCGUCUACACGCUCCAGGGCGGCGCCGGGUUCGCCACCGGCCGCGCCGGCGCCGGUCCCGGCCGGCGGACCUACCUCGUCGGCUUUAGCGAGAAGGACGACGCCGAGAGCUUUGUCGCCCUUCUCGAGGCGGAGACCUUCGACGUCGCCUCCCCGUCGCUGUGGAGCUCGCCGCAGCUGCAGCAGUUUUGCGACGCGGCAAACUUCGACCUCGCGCUGGUUCCGGCGGGGGCGAUGCUCUUCCCGCCCUCCCAGAACGUGUACGACCACGCCGCCUUCGAGGAGGCGGGCCUAGGCCCACCUCCGGGCAGCCGCAUCGGUAUGGAGGGCCCUCCGAGGUCGCCCGAGUGGAGUGCGGAGGAGCGCGCCCGCAAGCGAUCGCGCAGAGAGAGCGAGGAGGCGGCGCGGCUCGAGAAGCUAAGGCAGCAGCUCGAGGCGCGCUGGGAGGGGGAGGACGCCUGAUCUCGGACAAUCUCGGACGAUCUCGGCGGGGCCGCGGGAGGAAGAGGAGGGGGAGGAGGACCGACGGCGCGGCCCGGUCGUCCACACGCCGGCCGGCUUUGGAGGAGGCGACGGCUGCGCCACCCCGCCUCCUCCCUCCCUCGGCCCAAUGUCCCUCCCUGGCAGCGGCGGCCGGCGUGCUAUUCCUGGCGUGGCUGGGCGGGGCGGGGCUCAGAGGGGCCCGCUUGCGGAGGGCGGCCCCCUUCCUGGGCGCCGCGGACGGGAGCGUAAGGGGCGGGCAGGGGCGGAAGGUCAGUCGGAGUGAGGGGCGGGGGAGUCUGGGCCAUGUUGGAGAGUGGAGAACCGGGAAGCUGCCGGGGGGGUGCUGCCGCCACGAGCGUGCGUGUCAGACGUGUGAGGCGAAGGCUAACAUCUCUUUGUCGUUCAUAUUUCAUGCAAAUUGUUGACAU